AUGCACGCACUCAACUCCCAGCGGUACACCGUCGACGACUCGCGCUCGGUCGCAGAGCCUCCGUAUGCAGGAGAACAAGGCGCGACUGCUGACCGGGCGAAGUCAUCGGUGUUGACGGUAUUCCAGACUUUGUACGAGAAGGACGCUCGAAGGACGCUCCUGCUGUCUGUUCACCUCUCAACGAGUGCGAGGUGCUUCUUGCCCGCUCGUACCGAUCCCGCUGACCCCGCGAGAGCAAGAGAUGCAUGGACACGCGGAAGGCAACAUCGGCACUUGGGUGUUUCGCCUGACGAGAUGUACGGCAUAGCCAUCGGCCUCAGCGACGAUACCUACGCCACAAUUUACAGGGCUACUCAGCGCCCUGCAUCGACACUUUUGUCUCCGUUGCACGAAUUUGCUCGGUACGAGAGUGGAGGCAAAACCGUGUACAUCUGGUGUAGGAACGAUCGGGCGGACAUAUCUGGUGGCUCCACGACGCGUCAGUGUUAUGCUGCGGUCAGGUCUCAUGAUUCUGGACUUCCUCAACAAUGUAAUUAG